UUGGUUUCUGUUUCUGUUUCUGGUACUGUUUCUGUUUCUGUUUCUCUAUCCGUUUCUGGUUCUGUUUCUGGGUCUUUUUCUGUUUCUGGUUCUGUUUCUGUUUCUGUUCGUGUUUCUGUUUCUGUUUUUGUUUUUGUUUCUGUUUCUGUUUCGGUUUCGGUUUCUUUUUCUGCUUCGUGUUCUGUUUCUGUUUUUGUUAAUUUUUCUAGUUCGGUUUCUCUCUCUGGUUCUGCUUCUGUUUAUGUUUGUGGCUCUGUUUUUGUUUCUGGUUCUGUUUCUUUUUCCAAAUCUGUUAAUUGUUCUGUUUUUGGUUCUAUUUCUGGUACUGGCCCUGUUUCUUGUUCUGUUUCUUGUGCUGUUUCAGGUUCUGUUUAUGUUUCUGUUUCUUGUUCUGUUUCUGUUUCUGAUUCUGUUUCUGUAUCUGUUUCUGGUUCUGCUGCUGUUUCUGUUGCUGUUUCUGUUUUUGUUUCUGUUUCGGUUUUGGUUUUGGUUUCGUUUUCUGUUUCGUGUUCUGUUUUUGUUUAUUUUUCUGGUUCGGUUUCUCUUUCUGCUCUGUUUCUGGUUCUGUUUCUAUUUUCCAAAUCUGUUAAUUGUUCUGUUUUUGGUUCUGUUUCUGGUUCUGGCCCUGUUUCUUGUUCUGUUUCUGUCUCUUUUUCUAGCUCUGUAUAUCAUUCUGUUUCUGGUUCUGUUUAUGUUUACGUUUCUUGUUCUGUUUCUGAUUCUGUUUCUGAUUCUGUUUCUGAUUCUGAUUCUGUUUCUGAUUCUCUUUCUAUUUCUGUUUUUGGUUCUGUUUCUGUUUGUGGUUCU